AUGGAGCUGAAAUUACUUUUAGCAAUGGCCCUGGUGGUCUCGGCACAGGCGGGCACAAACAAGUUCGGAUACAGACCAGGGAAGUCAUACGAGUUUGAUUACAAUAUGAAAACAUCCACCGGUGUGAAAGGAGCAUCAGAAGGUUCGUCCGGAAUGGAACUAACGGCUAAGGUUGAUGUGGAGGCAGUUUCCAAAUGUGACUUUGUUCUGAAGAUUGAGGAUGUACGACUGCACGAAACAGACCCAACUAACUACGAAAGGAUGAUAUUGUCAGAGGGAAGUGAAGAACUUCGUCGUGUCUUAGAGAGGCAUGAUCUGCGAUUUUCCUUCCAAGAUGGAAUCGUAGAAGAGCUAUGUCCAUCUUCGGACGAAGUCACCUGGGCACUGAACAUCAAACGGGGUAUAUUGUCUGUCUUCCAGAACAGCAUGGAUGACCUCAGACGUGACCAGAAAACAACAGAGUCUGACGUCAAUGGCAACUGCGAGGUCGAAUACAGAACCGAUAACGGCCAACAUGACUAUAUGGUGAGGAAGACAAAGAACCUGCUCGGGUGCACAGAACGUAACGACUACAGUACAUCAGUCCAGAGCAUUCCGUACAUAGUCUCUUCUGAAAACCAAGCCAUACCUCUCAUUUACAGCGAACACGAAUGCCAACAGGAAAUUUCAGCGGAAGGAUUACUGAAGGCUGCAAGCUGUGUAGAAUCCCAUAUAUUCAGACCGUUCUCACGUGAGGGAAGUGGUGCAGUAACCGAGAGCAAGCAGACACUCAGCUUUGUUCAGGAAUCAGUUGCGUCGUCCAUACCAG